AUGGCGGACUUCCGGGGACCUAACUACGUACGUGCCAAGGCAUUCACAUUGAAGAGCGGUGUCCCGGAUCUAUUGGGGAGGCGGUGGAAAAACGACCAUGAUCUGAUUACGACCUACCAUGACCUCAAUCCCACUACAAUUCCCACCCUAACCUCACCCCCCUCACCCCUCGAGUUCCUCCGCCACAUCUCCCGCAACACACCCUUCGUCCUCCGCGCCGGAGCCUCUGACUUCGCCGCCUGCAAAAAAUGGUCCACAGUCUACCUCACAACUGUAAUGCAAGACUCUCUCGUAAACGUCGCCAUGACCCCACGAGGAAAUGCCGAUUCCGUCAUCCCCCUAUCCUCACCAGACACCACAAUCAACAGCAGCAGCAGGAGUGCGAUAUUUGUCAAACCCCACGAAACCCCCCUGCCCUUCCCCAUAGCCCUCACCGCCAUCCAGUCCCAAGAAAAACAAGGCUCAGCCUACACCGGCCCAACCCACUACCUCCAAACCCAAAACGACAACCUCCGCCACGAAUACUCAACUCUCUUCUCCGACGUGCCCGCCUCCAUCCCCUGGGCGCGAAUAGCCCUCGGAACCGAGCCUGACGCUAUAAACUUCUGGCUUGGGAACUCGCAUUCCACAACUGCGCUGCACAAAGAUAACUACGAAAAUAUUUACGUGCAAGUCCUAGGGAGGAAACAUUUUGUGCUGUUGCCGCCGGUGGAGGCGGCUUGUGUAGCAGAGAGGGAGGUGCUGGCGGCGACAUAUGCAGUCAAACAUGGGGAUAGGAAAGACAUUAGGAAAGAAGAUUUGUAUGUCAAGAUUGAUAGUCCGGAGGAAUAUGUACCAUUUGCGACGUGGGAUCCGGAUAACCCCAGUGUAAACGCUACACCGUACAGCCAUCUCUCGUGUCCGUUGCGCGUUACGCUGCAAGAGGGGGAUGUGUUAUACCUGCCCGCACUGUGGUAUCAUAAACGGCGGGUUUUGGAGUAUGGCGAAUUUUAUUAG